ACCCUAACCUUCGGCCUCUGUUAGAGCCGCUUCUCUUCGAAUUUCCAUUUCCCCGCAUCAGGUAAGCCUAGACUCCAUCUGCAACCAUGAAGUACAAUCCCCGGGUGUCCUCCUCCCGCCGCAAGAACCGAAAGGCACACUUCACGGCGCCCUCAAGCGUGCGCCGUGUCAUUAUGAGCGCCCCGCUCUCCACCGACCUCCGCCAGAAGUACAACGUUCGAUCGAUGCCCGUCCGUAAGGACGAUGAGGUUCAGGUUGUCCGUGGAACCUACAGGGGUCGCGAGGGCAAAGUGGUCCAAGUCUAUAGGCGCAAAUGGGUCAUCCACAUCGAGCGCAUCACUCGCGAGAAAGUUAACGGGUCUACAGUGAACGUUGGAAUCAACCCUUCAAAGGUUGUUAUCACGAAACUCAGACUGGACAAGGACCGCAAGUCGUUGCUGGAGCGCAAGGCCAAGGGUCGUGCAGCAGCUGACAAGGAGAAGGGAACCAAGUUCACCCCUGAAGAUAUUAUGCAGAGCGUUGACUGAUUAUGAUGCCUUUCAAGGAAGAGUUUGUCCCUUUUUUGUUUACCAAGUUCUUUGUUUUGGAACUUUUAUUAAGAUAUUUUAUGAUUAUGUCAUGUUUUACGGCGGAUAUUGGGUCUUAUCCUAGAAAUUAAAUUGACCUCAAUGGGAAUUUUUGUCGUUGUUUUAAUAGUUCAAUGCCUUGUUUUGAA